AUGGGUUUCCGGUUGCCAAGAAUCGUUAAUGCCAAGCAGAGUCUAAAAAGGACACUUCCAUUUUCUGAGACCAAAGUGGUACCGAAAGGCCACUUUGCUGUUUAUGUUGGAGAAACUGAAAAGAAGAGAUUUGUUGUCCCAAUCUCAUUCCUGAAGCAUCCUUCCUUCCAAAAUUUGUUGAGUCAAGCUGAAGAAGAGUUUGGAUUUAAUCAUCCUAUGGGUGCUGUGACCAUCCCCUGCGGCGAAGAAGCUUUCAUUGAUCUCACUUGCAGUCUGCGAGCUCAAUAGAGUUAACAUGAAAAGGUUAACCAGUAAUCAAGCAGAGAUCAACUCUCUCUAGCCCGACUGACAAAUAC